AUGAAAGUGAAGAUCGGCUUCUCGUUCGCCAGAUACAUCAACGCCUCUGCUUGGCGAGGGCGCCUAAAUAGCGUUGCAGUCUCACAAGAGACCAUUGGACUUCUGUCACGGGUCAGCUCGAGUGUGAAAAGGCGUGAAGGGCAUGUUUCAGGUCCUAUUCCAGCACUCGAGCAGGACUGGUAUUCUGCAGUUGCCGAUACGCUUUCAUCGUUUCUGGAGUACAGGCACGAGCCAAUGCAAGUGAACUCAUAUCUCACAGGUUCGGACCGAAGAUUCCCUCGCGGUUGUGUUCAGUGUGUGGCCCAUGCAGAAGGAUUCACCGGCUGCUCUCCCGCUGGAAUCAUCCCUCGCUGUUCAAGAAAACGCAGCGCAGAGUGA